UUUGUAAUGUUAAUGUAAUUACCGGUAUUUUAUUAGUCAUCAUCUAAAGUCAUCCAUCGUUCACCCUAUUGCAUUGUUUUAUUUGAUUGUUUAGUAACUUUUAAGUAUCGGUAUUGCCGUUGGCCGUUGUUAGUGAAAACGAUUCUUAGUUAAUUUAAAAGGUUUAAACCAUAAAAUUCACCGUUUCCGUGCCUGCUGUUAGCGCAACUAAGUAUCAAACCAUCUUCAGUAUCAAACCAAAUGCGAAAGAAUACAGAAUGUAAAUUGAAAGCACAGCCUCGAGUGUUAUUACAUCGAUUAGAAACUGUGCUGGGGCCACAUAUGAAUACGAACAAGAAUCAAAAACACGACAAGGAUGUUCCUGAUGUUAACCGUAUCAAGAAAGAGGAUUCUACUACUCCACUUAUUAAAGAAGAAAAGUUAACUUUUAAAACCGGUAUAGAUCCAAAGUCUGUAAAGAGAGAGUUGGAUGACCCCUGUAAUAAUCUAAAAAUAUGUGAUAAAUCAAUCCUACAUGAACCCAAUAGGAGUGAAUGCAGUCCAGACAAAUACAUCCCACGGUAUGAUAAGAUUCUACACCAGCCAACUGUACAACUUUUACCGACAAUAAAACAUGAAAACACUGACAUUAUAACUGUAAAAAAAACCCAAAUUCAAGAAAAACAUUUAAUCGAUUUAGAAAAAGAGUGGCAAGUGAAGGAUACUCUUCCUACGGUAAAAAUUGAAACCGAAAAUGUCAACACUAAAUUUGGUGGGAAAAAAUGUGAUAAUUCUAAUUUAAUUAGUUUAAAAAAUAAUGUUGACUCUCGUGUAGAUUUACUAACCGAAAAACAACCAUCAGCAUUGGAAAAAACAUCUGAAAUAAUAACAAAUUGUGAACAAAACAGUGAAGCAUCCACCUUAGAGAGCCCUACUGUUUCGGAAAAAGAUUCUCAUGGUACUAAAAGCGCAGGUUUAUUAAUCAAAGUCAAGGAUGCGAUAUCACUUGGAAUUGAAAACACGCAGGAGAAGGAACCAGCCCAACCAAUAGUUAUUAAUCCCCAAUUACAACUAAAACCUCCAAAUGAAAAUGAAUCAAUAAUUGCAAAUAUUUUAAGGCUUUACCCGUUAUUUUUCUCACCGACGGUAAGAAGUGAUUUGUAUUGCCUGGUGGAGAUUUUAGAUAAAUUGUCCAGAGAAUCUCUCCUGGAGCAUGAUAAUCAGAUGUUUGAUAGUGAAAAAUACCUUUGGAAAGUGCAAAACUAUAGCAGAACUUUUGUUGAAGCGUUUAAUAAAAUCUUAAAACUCAAUGACCCGGAGUUGGAUAUCGAUACAUGGAAAAAAGUUAUUCCGAUGUUAUAUCUACAAAUAGACAAGGCAUUUGAAAAACUUGGACGAAAAGAUUUUGAUUUUAGAACGGUUAUGAAGAAACUUUUUGAGAUUCAAAAGUUUGUUUGUGUACAUGAUGUGAUGCUACAAAAGCCUCACAAACAGUUCAAAGAUAUUGUGGCCACUUAUUAUAGAUGGCUUUCUGAAAUAUUCAUGGAAUGUGAACCUCUGGGUUCAGGGGACGAUGUGCUUAGCACAAGUUCCGAAGAAAUUGAAGAAGUUGGCGAGCAUUCAGUCACCGAAGAUUUUAAUAUGAAUGUCGAUGAACAAUCAAAGGAAAACGAUACUUCUUCUGAUUUUGAUUUGGAUGUGGAUUACCUCCAUUGUCCUAUGUGUCGACAACGUUUACCCCGUUGUUACCUCUGUCACGAGCUACUUACCUGUCCAUGUCAGCUGAAGAUCAAUGUAACAGCUGAAAAACAUCAGCUAACUGUAUCAGCUCUAAACCUCUGCCGGGAACAUGGCUCUUGUGGGGACAGCUGGGAUUUGUGGGAAAGCGACUGGUUAAACCAAGACAUUCUUGAUCAUAGAGAAGAGAUGCUUUUGGAGUCUGUGUGUUGGAACAGAUCUUGCAAUAACAAGGUGGAAAUGCUUUGUGUCUGCAGAGUUCGGGCGUACUGCUCCAAUAUCUGCCAGAUUGAAGAUUGGCGUGAAGAUCACUUCAAGACUUGUAGGAGAGAGACUGAGCCUGAAUGUUUACUUGCAGAUCUCCAACUAACUCAGGAAAUGGAUGUGACAUGAGGAAAGUAUUACGUGUAAAUAUUUACAUCUGUUUUCAAGUCUAAGACUUGAUAUUUGACUGAUAGACAUUAGAUUCGUCAAUCCGUAAGACUGAUAGAAAUUUCACACAAGUGACUACCUAAAUAUUGGAUUUUUUUCCAAAAAUCUUUUUUUGAAGUCUGAUUUAUAAUAAUUUUUAAUGGAAUUCAAUCGACGUAGAAGCGCCCGUUUGAAAAACAUAAGUUAUCCAUAUUUUUGUAACAGUUCAAAACUUUUAAAAAGACUCUAGUUACUAGUUUUAUUUGCUAUCCUCUUUUUUGUUUGAACAUUUUUUAUUCACAAUUUCUCUAAGAAGUUCCCUAGCCAACUUUUUGUUGAAAACAAUUGUAGCGUAGACACAAAAACAAAGGAUUGAUUUUUAACAAUAACUAGAUUGUUAAAUAUUUUUGUCUUAAUUUUAUAAUUUUUUUUAGUUGGGAAAUUACUGCCACUAUAGUAUUAGUUACUUUUUAAUUUCCAUAACAAUUUUUAAAAUCUAUUUUAUUUUAAUUCAAGUACUGUACUAUUUUAACCUAGGUCAUAUUGAUUUUUUUUGUGAAUCGGAUGAUUCCAUAUGGGCUAAAGGCCAUGCAGAACGUUGUUUACCAUUGUAUAAUGUAUAUUUAUAUAUAUAUAUUUAUCAAGAUCAUUUCAAAUGUAUAGUUUAUUUUCUAAUAAUGCCUUUGUUAAAAAUAAUGAAUAUUUUAAUUUUAAUUUUAACCCUAGCGCUGGCACACGCCGGAUAUACGGCGCGAACGGCCGCGGCCGAAAUGGCAACGCCGGAUAUACGGCGCCAAUGCAGAUAUUACGGUAGGCCUAUAUAUAAUUUUUUUUAUUUUUUUAAUUUUUUUUAGGUUUGUUCACUUUUUAGGGCUACUGUUGUAAUAAAUAAGUUAAAUAAUACAAACCAGAGUACCCUGGAAUUAUAUGUUAUAUAAGGUGUACGGUUUUGUACAUGACCUGGGUUGGAUGAUUAUUUGGUACUAGCGUGGGGGUACGAUCGACAUAGUAAUAGGGCUAUCAAACAAAAUACACAAAAUAAGCUAUAUAAACUAUAUGUUUUUGGAAUCAGCACAAAAUUUACCACAACUUUACAAUUUACCUUAUGAUGAUAAGUCUUACA